UCACAACAAAUAAACUAGGGGAAAGAGAAAAAUAGUCCUCUCUCUCUCUCUCUUCUCUUCUCCGACUACCCCAAAACGCAGGAGAACAAUGUCGUUUAACAGCUCUCAUCUUCUUCCUCCACAAGAAGAAGACCUUCCUCUCCGACACUUCUCCGAUCAACCUCCUCCCCCACAGCGUCACUUCCCUGAAACGCCUUCCCUUGUCACCACCAGUUUCCUCAACCUCCCUUCCACCCUUGCCACGGCGGAUUCCGAUCUCGCUCCUCCGCCCCGCAACGGAGACAAUUCCGCUCCUGAUGCUAACCCACGGUGGCUCUCUUUCCACACGGAGAUCCAAAACACCGGAGAAGUCCGUUCUGAAGUUAUCGACGGAGUCAACGCCGAUGGUGAAACUGUACUUGGCGUUGUUGGAGGUGAAGAUUGGCGGAGCGCUAGCUAUAAGGCCGCGAUUUUGAGACAUCCGAUGUACGAACAGCUUCUUGCGGCUCAUGUGGCUUGCCUUAGGGUUGCGACUCCCGUUGACCAGAUUCCGAGGAUCGAUGCUCAGCUCAGUCAGUUCCACACCGUCGCCGAGAAAUACUCCACUCUUGGUGUCGUUGUGGACAACAAGGAACUUGAUCAUUUCAUGUCACAUUAUGUUGUGUUGUUAUGUUCAUUCAAAGAACAACUCCAACACCACGUUUGUGUCCAUGCAAUGGAAGCCAUUACGGCUUGUUGGGAGAUCGAACAAUCAUUGCAAUCCCUAACUGGAGUUUCUCCAAGUGAAAGUAAUGGUAAGACAAUGUCGGAUGAUGAAGAUGAUAAUCAAGUAGACAGCGAGGUCAACAUGUUUGAUGGGAGUUUGGACGGCUCAGAUUGCUUGAUGGGGUUUGGUCCUCUUGUUCCAACCGAACGAGAGAGAUCCUUGAUGGAACGUGUGAAGAAAGAACUGAAGCAUGAGCUUAAACAGGGUUUCAAAGAGAAGAUUGUGGACAUAAGAGAAGAGAUAAUGAGGAAGAGAAGAGCGGGGAAGCUCCCGGGGGAUACAACUUCUGUACUGAAAGAGUGGUGGCGUACUCACUCGAAAUGGCCAUACCCAACUGAGGAAGACAAGGCAAAACUGGUUCAAGAAACCGGUUUGCAGUUGAAACAAAUCAACAAUUGGUUCAUCAACCAGAGGAAGAGAAACUGGAACAGCAAUACUUCCACAUCAUCUACUCUCUCCAAGAACAAACGUAAAAGGACCGGCAAGUCUUAGGUGAAAUGCUGGCUAACAAGAGGAUGGUUCUUGACCAUGUGAAUUCAAGGGAACCAGAUGUGAAAGAGAUAGUUUCUCCUCCGGUUCCACGAUCGUACAGAUUGUGUUUAGCGUAGGGUGGUACCGGUGUGCCUAUAAAACCGGAUUCUAGAGUCUGAAUUGUUGGUUUUAGCGGCUUAUAAUGUGUGUCUUUGUUAUAUGUGUACAUAAAGUAGUUUAUGGAAGCGAUCUGUAUUGUUGGUUUGCGUCUUGUACCGAACGCAUAAACACGUGUGAAGCUUUAUCUGUAAAGUGCCAAUAUGGUCCGUAUGUAAUGUAUCAAGCAAUAUUCAUCAUUAUUAAACUACACACUAGCUUGGAAUAUGCUACUAUGAUGUUGGCAGCA